ACUCAUUCAAAGCAAUGGCCAUGCUCAGAGUGUCUUCUUACCGCAAGCUGUUUGAGGAGAAUAGCUGGAGCCGAAAUGGAGGAGCGGGUUGUGCAGGGCAGUACCAGGCCAAAGUCAGAGUUGCAGCUAGUGACAAGUGUGACUGUGACAAGCUAGACUUUGUAGCUGCCAAGGAGCUCAACAAGGAGGGCCUGAACCGGUUCAUUCAGGACCGCACCAUCAUCGCUACCCUCAAUGACCGCCUGGUCAGACUUAUCAGAUUGGCGCAUUGUUUUGAGGAGGAGAAUGAGUCUCUUGAAUGUCAGAUUCUUGAUCUCGAGGAGAAGCUGAACAGCCGGCAAGCCCCCUCCAGCAUCACCUCCACGGUGGCUGUGCCUGACUACAGUCUGGAUGCGGUGGUGGAAAGACUGCGCAGGGAGAGGGAUGAGAUUCUGUGUGACACAGAGGAGCUGCAGAAAGAACAGGAACAUUUGAUGAAGGAGUACGAGAAAGCGGCACAGCAGAGGAUCCUCAUCCAGCAAGGACGACAAGAUGUAGCUGAGGAGGUGGAUGCUGUGACAGCAGUGGCUUUGGCUCUGAGGGAGCAAGUGGCUAUCUAUGAAGAGCAGCUGGCUAACAUGGAGGCCCAGCACAAGACAGAAGUGGAGGGUCUGCUGCAUCCAGCUGAAGAGGCGACAGGAGCCAUGGCGGCUAUUAAAUUUGGCAGCCUUGACAUGGGUCCGGCCUUGGAUGUAAAGGAGUUCUACUGCCAGCUGGCUGAGAGCCUCCAGUUCGAGUGUGGUGCAGCCUCUUCCGCUGUGGUUCCCAGGGGUGAUGGAAAACAACUGGAAGUAGGAGGUGCUGGAGUGUCAGGAGUCAGAGACCUGUCAAAGAUAAAGGACAGUGGUGAGAUGAAAACGCUGAUAUCUGAGCUGCAAAAGGAGCUCGCUGAGCUCGAGAAGUGUAACGAGGAGCUGGAGGAUGAGGUCGAGAUGAAGGAGGCUGCGUACAUGGACCAGAUCACUGAGCUGGAGUGCACUAUAGAUGAAAUGCGAGACCAGGAGGCUGACUUCGAAGAGCAGAUGAAUGAGCAGUGUGAAGACUACAAGGUGCUGCUGAGUGAGAAGAUGGCCAGAGACAUGGAGAUCACUGCCUACAGGAGUCUGGUGGAGGAAGAGGAGGACAGGCUGUGUGACCUGUGACUCAAAGCUCAGAGAGUCAGACUGACCCGGCUGAACUGCUGCUGAAUGCUCCACCACACAGAGAGCACAGAAUAUACAAAAGAAAAACGCAAAACCCUCAUUCAGCCAGCAGUAGGAUGAAGCUUGAGGUACCCAUGCAGCAACUUAAGCAGAUGUAAACUUAUCAUGACAGAUUAAUGCGGUCUGGAGGCCCUAAUCCGGAGCGGUUGAUAACAGGUCACUGGCAGAUGACCCUGAGACUGAAAGAAAGAUGGAGCUGUCUAAACGAGUAGGAGGCCGGGGGUGUAUGUGCGAUGAGUGUGUAUCCAUUCAGUGUCUGGCAGGGAUGUUUCCCUUAAGUGGGUUUUAUCUUCACCAGCUCUCUGAUAUGAUCCAUAAAUGUUGUGUCCCCUCUUUGUUGAACAAAUCCUACACAAACACCGAAACACCGACAGACACACACUGAAGCUGAGCGGCACACCUCGUCCAUCACUCAAACUCCGUCUGAUUACCAGCUCUUAACCUUUGACCCUAUCACUGUUAACAAACAUAUCGACAGCUCUCUCUUCGGUAACUUAAAGCCCCCCGCUCUCUCUUUGCUUUUACAGUUGUGCAUACAUGUUGGUUUUUUUACAUAUAGCUGAAAGUCAACUCUGCUGUUUGCUUUUCAAAUGGCUCAUGAAGUUGUUUUACCGCAGCUCUGACAAAAUGAGCACCUGGGUCUUUCCCUAAGAAAAGUCUGUGCGAUUCAUCAUCUCUGCUUUGAAAAGCAACAUCCCACUUUACAAGGAUUUGGUAACACAUUCCUCUGUAAUCUUUUCCUUAUUUUCAACAUGACUCGAAGCUGUCUGUGAUAAACCAUUUUUCAGGUCCCUGCUUCUGCUGCACGAGCGUCACAAUGUGCUUGAGCUUCAAAAUUGAAUAAAAGUAGUUGCUUGAGA